UAAAUAAAAAAUUAAAUACAAAUUUCAAAUUAAAUUUAUCUCUUGUAGGUAAUUUAGUUGUUUGCAGACAUUACGUUUAAACUAGUUUCAUUCAAGAUCGAUUUUGAAACUCGACUUUGACAAGGUUCGCACUUGAAGACAUUUAUUAUUUUAUAGUUAUAAACGAUUAAUAUCAAAAACGCCAUUGCAAUGUCUGACGCUCACGCCACUCCGAUUGCCUGGCAGUACGUUUGUUGUUCUCUGCCAAUCUUAAUACCGAUGUCAGUUUACGUUCUUAAAAAGUGUUUCAACAACAGAUAUCGCACACUCAACUCAAAGGUUGUACUUAUUACAGGUGCCAGUUCUGGGUUGGGUGAGACAUUAGCGCAUGAAUUUUAUUCCCAUGGCUGUGCACUAAUUUUAACGGGACGUAGCAGCAAUGAAUUAGAACGAGUCAAAAAUGAUUUAUUAAGCCGAAGUGAUAUUAAGAAUGUUAACAAACCAUGUAUUCUCGUCUUGGAUCUUAUUGACCAAUCAACAAUAGAAGUAGUUAGUCAAAAAGUUUUAGGAGUUUUUGGCCGUGUAGAUAUUCUCAUCAAUAAUGCUGGCAUCAGCUAUAGGGGUAGAGCCGAAGCAACAAUGGCUGAAGUCGAUUACAAAGUAAUGUUGGUCAAUUAUUUUGGCCAAGUUGCUUUAACUAAAGCCAUAUUACCCAGUAUGAUUCACCACAAAAGUGGACAUAUAAUAGCAAUUAGUAGUGUACAAGGAAAAAUUGCUGUUCCAUUUAGAUCAGCAUAUACUGCAUCUAAACAUGCUUUACAAGCAUUCUUUGAUACUCUUAGAGCUGAAAUAUCACAUCAUAAGGUAAAAGUAACUGUUGUAAGCCCUGGAUACAUUCAAACAAAUUUGUCGUUGAAUGCAUUAACUGGAUCUGGAUCAAAAUAUGGUGUUAUGGAUGAAUCUACAAUGUCUGGAUACUCGGCUGAAUAUGUUGCUCAACGAAUAGUAGAUGCUGUUGUUAACGAUGAACAAGAAGUCAUCAUUGCUCCAUUUUAUGCUCGUUUAGCAAUUGGCCUACGUUAUGUAUGGCCGCGAUUUUAUUUUUGGAUUAUGAAAUGUAGGGCUGACCGGCAAGCUAGUCAGAAAAUGUAGGAUUCAAGGAUUCCCCGCCAUCAGACGGACGAGCGUCGGCUACAGCCCGUUAUCGUCGGCAUACGGGAAUCUCACAUUUGACAAACAGCCAGGUCAGUCAACUAGAUUUCUAGAAAUUAGCUGUUAAUUAUUAUGUUUGAGUACUUAUAAUUUUGUAUUUUUGAAUAUAAAUACCUAGUUGUUAGUGAUGCACAGUUUCACAUAAAUUAUUUAUUUAAUUUGUAUAUCUUAUACUUGUACAAUUUUUACUUAUUAAAAACAAAAUGCCAUAAUUGAAUUAUUCAGAUAAGUAUAAUUGUACAAAACUGCCCAAAAAGAAACAAAUUAAUACCAUAAUUUGUGAAUUAUUUAGUAUGAUCAAUAUUAAUGUAACAAGUGACAUAAAUCUGAUUCUAUUUCAAGUUACCAAAAUACUAGAUAGUUGGUAUUAAUUAAAAGUAAAGCUUGGAGUAAUAUUAAACAAAACUAUGAUAAUUUAAUUUAUUGUUUUUCGCUAUUAGCAUGUG